AGGGCAGAAUCUAGCGAAAGAGAGAAUCCACUACCUCCUCUCAUUCUCUUCUUCUUCUUCUCAGUGCCGCCACAAAACCCUAAUUCGAAGAAGAAGCAAGAGAGCAACCCCAAAUUCGAAUCAGGUCACACGAUAUCUUUAGCUUGGCUCUGAAUUCUUGGUAUUUGCAUUGGGUUACAAGUGACAACAAUCCCCCCAAUGGCUGACGAUGCGGCACAAUUAGGUUCCCAACUAGCGGAAACAGCCUUAAACGAAUCUGUCUCCGACCUGAAAGCUGAAUUUUCUGACAGAGUUCCCAUAAAGUCCAUAAUAUCACGACCAGACGGGGGGUCUGCGUUUGCCGGGCAGAAGGUCCGGGUUGGUGGUUGGGUGAAGACGGGUCGGAAGGCAGACAAGGAUGCAUUUGCAUUUCUGGAACUUAAUGAUGGAUCAUGUCCGGGCAACUUGCAGGUAAUUGUGCAAGCAGAUAAGGGCGACCUUGGCCAGCUUGUGCCAACUGGUACAUGUGUGGUUGUGGAAGGCGAGCUUAAGCUGCCACCAGCUGGGGUCAAGCAGAAGGUGGAGCUUAGAGUUGAGGAGGUUCUCCAUUUAGGUCCAGUUGACCCUCUUAAAUAUCCGCUGCACAAGGGCAAGAUUUCCCUUGAGAGGUUGAGGGACGUUGUUCAUCUGCGUCCCAGAACUAACACCAUCUCUGCAGUUGCCCGCAUCAGAGAUGACCUGGCAUAUGCAACUCAUACAUUUUUUCGUAAGCAUGGCUUCCGUUAUGUGCACACUCCAAUUAUCACCACCAGUGAUUGUGAGGGUGCUGGCGAGAUGUUCCAAGUGACGACAUUGAUUAGUGAAGGUGAAAGGUUGGAGAGGGAACUGAUUAAGAACCCACCCCCAUCCGAAGCAGACGUGGAAGCUGCCAACUUAAUUGUCACGGAAAAAGGAGAUGCUGUUUCACAGCUGAAAUCUGCUAAAGCAAGUAAGGAUGAGAUUGGUGCUGCUGUGGCUGAACUUAAAAGGGCGAAGGAGAACGUAUUGAAGCUGCAGGAGAGAGCGAAGCUUCAGCCUGGAAUCCCCAAAAAGGAUGGGAAGGUUGACUACACUCAAGAUUUCUUUGCCCGUCAAGCUUUUCUAACUGUUUCUGGGCAACUCCAAGUGGAAUCUUAUGCGUGUGCUAUUAGUAGCGUGUAUACAUUUGGGCCUACUUUUCGAGCUGAGAAUUCACAUACUUCACGGCAUUUGGCAGAAUUCUGGAUGGUGGAGCCUGAAUUAGCAUUUGCAGAGCUCAAGGAUGACAUGAACUGUGCAGAGGCAUAUGUAAAAUUUUUGUGCAAGUGGUUACUUGACAACUGCUAUGACGAUAUGGAGUUUUUUUCUCGGCAAUAUGAUAAAACUUGCAUAGAGCGUCUCAGAAUGGUUGCAUCCACACCGUUUGAACGGAUUACAUAUACAGAAGCUGUGGAACUGCUCAUUGAUGCUGUGAAAAAUGGCAAGAAGUUUGAGAAUCCUGUGGAGUGGGGGAUUGACUUGGCAUCUGAACAUGAAAGAUUCUUAACAGAGGUGAAAUUUCAGAAGCCUGUUAUUGUGUACAACUACCCAAAAGGGAUCAAAGCUUUCUACAUGAGACUCAAUGAUGAUAACAAGACAGUGGCUGCUAUGGAUGUUCUUGUACCAAAGGUGGGAGAAUUGAUAGGGGGUAGUCAAAGGGAAGAACGUUAUGACGUUAUUCAUAGCAGGAUUGCAGAGAUGGAUCUGCCUAUUGAGCCAUACGAGUGGUAUCUUGACUUGCGGCGCUUUGGAACGGCCAAGCAUUCCGGUUUUGGUUUAGGGUUUGAGCGGAUGGUUUUGUUUGCUACUGGCAUGGACAAUAUCAGAGAUGUUAUUCCAUUCCCUAGAUUUCCUGGAAGAGCAGAUCUUUAAGAGCUGUAGUCUAGUCUAUAGGUUUGAUGGGUAUAUUCGAAUUUGUUUUCUGUUGGUCUGGGUUGGCUUUCUCUAGGUUAACCACCGUAUGUCUCAGUAAAAUUCCAAAGUUUAGACUAUUGUAUACUUCUUUUUCCUGAAUUUAUGGUAUUUUGACUAGCAAAUUUCUGCACCCUGCGAUUCCUCAGUUCAUAUGGUUUUGCUUUCAAUUGUUUUCGGCUACUGGACCUAUUUUGAAAUUGAU